AUGUUAAUUGCAAGAGUGCGUCUUCCAAAUAAGCCGUUGGUUGUACUGACAGUUGGUGAGUGUAUUUAUAUUGGAGAUGCGCAUGGUGUUUUGUAUGUACUGAAUGCGCCAUAUACUUCUGCAGUUGCUGUGUUUCAAUCAGUGGGUCCUAUAUCUGCACUUGUGUUCUCAGACAAUCGCUUAUACUAUGGAAACUGGGAUGGAGAUGUUGGAGUUGUGGAUGGCAAUAAAAUCAACUUUGGAAGCCACAUUGUAAAGUGCAUGGCUGUGCAUGAAGACCUGAUUUAUGCUUCGGUUGGAGAUUUUGUUUAUGCAUUAGAUUUUAAUCUGGUUGUAGUCAAUGCAUAUAAGGUGGAACACAAGGUGUUAUGCAUGAGUGUUUUUGAGGGAGUGAUGUAUUGUGGAAUGGGAGUACCGUUUGUUGCACGUAUCGACGAUAACAUCACAACCAUUGGAAAGAGUGCACAUGAAACAUCGAUUUUCUGCAUGUGUGGAGAAUACACAGGAUCUGCAGAUGGAAUAGUUAUGAGGCAAGACUACAGCGAUUUAGAAAGGCAUGUAGUGGUAUACAAAGGGAAAGAAUGGAUCAGGUCUAUGUAUAGUCAGUAUCUUUUUUCAGAAGGUAAGAAUAUAGUUGCAGAUGUGGAUGGAAUCAGGUAUAGAUUAGGUACAGGGCUAAAGAAUUUGUAUUCCCAUGAAGCAGAUGUAGUUGGGGUGACUGUUGUUGAAAGCAAGAUAAUUUCUAUUGGACUUGAUUACAUGUAUUAUGUCUAUGAUAUUGGGUUUGGGUUUGAAAUGAGCGAAGAGGAAGCAAGGGAGAUUUCCGAGCUGAUGGGAAGUUAA